CCCGGGCGGCGGCGGCGGCACCGAGCGCGCGCGGGGGCCGCCAGGGCCCGCGGGGGCCGGUGGCCGCAGGUAGGAGCCGCCCCGGCAUGCGGAAGAGCCGCGGCCGCCGCAUCCCCGAGCUCGGCCCGGGCUUCCCUUGAGAGCCAAGCGGGGGCCGCGCCGCAGCCGCUUCCCCUGCCCCCGCGGAGAGAGCCGCCUGCCAGGGCCCUUCCCAGCCCCCGGCGAGAGACUCAGCGCCUGGGGCCGGCCCCCGUUCGCGCCUGGGGCCUGCGGCUGGGUUCCCCGGUGCCCGCUGCGCCCUUGUCCUGAGCGCCCCAGGGAGGCCGGGGGUGUGGUUAGUGGCCCUCUCCUCGCCCUGCCCCCGGGGCCGCCGUGGGGCCCUCACCCCCCAGAGCCUGGGCCAGGCACCUGCUCCUGACAGCGGGACUCGCGCCCUUGCCCGGGGGGGCUGGGUUUGGCUGGAGGUGUGUUGUGACUUCCUGCCCCACGGUUUCAGGGACGCACUUCCCACCUCCUGCUCCUCGGCCUGCUCUUUGUCACCCUUGUUUUAAUGAGCGGUUGGGGUGAGUGGCUGAGAUGAAAGUGACUGUUUCGUUUGGGAAGACGGGGAUUGUGGUCCCCUGUAAGGAUGGGCGGCUCCGUGUCAGAGACUUGACCCAGCAGGCUCUUCAGAGAUUCCUCAAAACCAAAGAAAAGGACCCUGCUUACUGGGUGAACAUUCACCACCUCGAGUACACAGAUGGGGGGAUCCUGGACCCAGAUGAUGUGCUGGCAGAUGUUGUUGAGGACAAAGAUAAGCUGAUUGCUGUGUACGAUGAACAAGAAUUGCACAAUAAGAUUGACAGCACCAGUGGCAGUUUGACAGACACACACAGCCCAGACCCUUUUGAGAUGGAGGUGGCUGCCCAGCUGGCUGCCUUUCAGCCAAUUGGUGGUGAGAUUGAGGUGACUCCUACUGCACUGAAAUUGGGCACACCGCUGCUAGUGAGGAGGAGCAGUGACCCAGCGCUGGGCCCACCUGCUGGCUUCCACCCAGGUGCUGCACACCCCACCGACAAUAGUCUGAAAUCCGUUGUGGCUGGUGCAACACAGUUAUCUUUUGAAGAUGGAGAAAUGGAUCUCACUGGGCACACUGAACAGCUGACAUCUCAGAAGGCCAAGUUCACUUUCAGUGAUAUGACAAGAACAGUAGAGAUUUCUGGGGAAGGUGGCCCUCUGGGGAUACAUGUAGUACCCUUCUUUUCAUCUCUGAGUGGAAGGAUUCUAGGACUCUUUAUCCGUGGUAUUGAGGAGAACAGCAGAUCUAGGCGUGAUGGUCUUCUCCAUGAAAAUGAGUGUAUUGUGAAAAUUAACAAUGUGGACCUCGUAGAUAAAACUUUUGCACAGGCUCAGGAUAUCUUCCGUCAGGCAAUGAAAUCUCCAACUGUCUUCUUGGAAGUGGUUCCUCCAUAUAAUCGUGAACAAUAUGAAAAGUCUGCCAUUGCUCCCCUUUGUUUGCUCGAUAAUGAUGAUGGAGUUCCAAAAACAAAGGUUCCACCUCCUGUUCUUAUGAAACCAGCUGUGAAAACGGUAGAUCUCUCUGGAAUGAACAGCCUGGAGACAGAUCUGCAGGCAACGCUACAACGUGCUAAGAGCCCCAAUCUCCCAAGGUUGGGUAAGAAACCAUCUUCACCAUCCCUGUCUCCUCUGAUGGGCUUCAGCAACAAGAAAAAUGCAAAGAGAAUAAAGAUAGACCUUAAGAAAGGUCCUGAAGGACUUGGUUUCACUGUGGUUACCAGAGACUCUUCGGUUCAUGGCCCUGGUCCUAUUUUUGUGAAGAAUAUUUUGCCAAAGGGGGCAGCAGUCAAAGAUGGUCGUUUGCAAUCAGGCGACCGAAUACUGGAGGUGAAUGGCAGAGAUGUCACUGGCAGGACCCAAGAAGAACUAGUGGCUAUGUUGAGAAGCACUAAGCAAGGGGAGACUGUCUCUCUGAUCGUGGCUCGGCAAGAGGAAGCCUUUCUGCCUCGAGAGCUGAAAGGAGAGCCCAACUGCAGUAUUCUUUCACCGGAGACCAUAGAACAGCUGACCUUUGAGAUACCUCUGAAUGAUUCAGGUUCUGCUGGACUUGGUGUCAGCUUGAAAGGCAACAAAUCUCGGGAGACCGGGGCUGACCUUGGGAUUUUCAUCAAAUCCAUUAUCCAUGGAGGUGCAGCUUUUAAGGAUGGCCGCCUGCGAAUAAAUGACCAGCUGAUUGCAGUGAAUGGAGAGUCUCUUCUGGCGAAAUCCAACCAUGAAGCCAUGGAGACACUGAGGCGUUCCAUGUCUAUGGAAGGGAACAUUCGCGGGAUGAUUCAGUUAGUGGUUCUCAGGAGACUAGAUAGACAAAUGCAGGAAUGCUCAGAUCAAGGGUUUUUUCAAAAAUCAGCACUUGAGGGCAGUCAGACCUUUACCACUAUCUCCAGGCGCAAUGAUGCUAUCCUGCAGCAAUUUGUAACUUACAGUCCUCAGGAAAGACUAAAAGGUUCAGAGCUGACUAUGUCUGAUCGUGGUCGUGCUGAGACUGAAGUUCCACCUCCUCUGCCCCCACACCCCAGUGAGGAGCUGCUUUCUGAAGAUUAUAAUCAUAGCUCUGUAGUGGAUUCAGCAGCAUAUUUAACAGAUCAGAACAUCAACUUCAGAUCUUUGACACCAGCCAAGCAGCCUGAAUCAAUUAAUCUGAAAGCCUCCAAAAGCAUGGAUCUUGUGGCAGAUGAAAGCCAGGUUAGUUCAUUGGCUGGACACAAACAAGAAUCUCCUGGCAAAGAUUUUGGUCCCACUCUAGGCUUAAAAAAGUCCAGCUCCCUGGAGAGCUUACAGACGGCUGUGGCUGAAGUCAGGAAGAAUGAGCUUCCUUUCCACAGACCCAGGCCUCACAUGGUCCGUGGUCGGGGCUGUAACGAGAGCUUCAGAGCUGCCAUUGACAAAUCUUAUGAUGGACCUGAAGAUGCAGAACAGGAUGGUCUGUCUGAUAAGAGCUCUCUCUCUGCUCAAGAAACUCAGAACUUUGAAUUAGUCCCCCAAGGGAAUCCUGAACUAGAAGAUGUAGAAACCAAGGCAAAGAAAGACAAAAAAAAUAAAGAGAAGGAGAAGAAAAAAGGAAAGAGCAAAGCUAAAGUCAAAGAGAAGAAGAGGAAGGAAGAAAAUGAAGAUCCAGAGAAGAAAACUAAGAAGAAGGGUUUUGGUGCCAUGUUGAGAUUUGGAAAGAGGAAAGAGGAGAAAGGUGGGAAAGCUGACCAGAAGGGAAAUCCAAAACACGGCACACUGAGAGAAGAAGAACUAGAAAAGAUGAAAGAUGAGCGUGAAAGGAUCGGUGCAAAACAUCAGGAGUUACGGCAAAAGCAGGCAAGAGGGCUUGCUGAUUACUCCACUAGCCCUGUAGGUCCACCACCUGAUGAUGAUGAUGAUGACGAUGAGAUGGACCCAAAUUAUGCCAGAGUGAAUCACUUCAGAGAGGCUUACCCAGCAGCAAAUGUCUACAGGCCAUCGUCUCCACCUGUAGCAGAAACCUUUGGAUACUCACGGGAUAUCCCUUCAAUACCAGCAGAGAGGGAGCGUUUGGAAGGACUGUAUGCAAAGAUAAACAAGCAGCACCAUCCACAGACUUCUGGUGACAGUGGCUGUCCAGCUGGUGGGAAUGCAGACCGUAUCCAGAAGUUACGAAAGGAAUACCAUCAAGCCAGGCGAGACGGUUUACCUUUCUACGAGGAUGAUGAGAUGAGAACAUGGCCAUCUGAUUAUGAUCAGCACUGGGUGUCUGGAAAAGGUCCAGAUGGGAGUUCACACAAUCUCCGCUUUGAAGGGAUGGAAAGGCAAUAUGCAUCCUUACCCAGGUGUGGACCUGCAGAACCAAUGGAGUAUUUAACAGGGCCACGAGUACUAUACAAAGAGAGAGAUCUUCCAUACUACCAAGGAGGGCAGCCUGCUGUCCACUCCUCUAAAGGAAACUACUCUCGUGCACAAGACGUGAGGGCAGCAGAAUUGCAGUACCCCCAGUAUUACCCAGCCCAACAACUAACCACCCAGCACAAGGGACCCCUCCGCCAGGAUGUCCCGCCUUCACCUCCCCAACCACACAGAGUGCCAGCUUAUAAUGAAAUGAGCCGAACAGGACAGCAUGGGAGCAGCCCGGAUCAAUACCAAUAUAGACAUCAGGAUUCCAGGCAGAAGAAUCCCAUGACUGCAGCUGUAUAGCCUGAAACUGGACUUUGUCAACAUGGGCUGGGAUGAAGGAUUCCUGACAUUCCCUUUUUUACAGUUGGUCCUAACAAGCUUAACUGCAUGUAGGAAUGGCACCUUAACUGGAAUCAUUCUUACUGAGCCUGCCUCAGGAUUGGUUCGUUUUCCUAGGAAUCUUGGGCCAUAUCAAAUUAAGAUAGUGUCUUUUAGGUACGUGCGUUACCAGGCAUUCAAAUGUUUUUAACGCUAGUUAAAAAUAGAAAGUGAUGGCUGAAAAGUAAGUGUAACUGUUAGUACAGCUCAGGGCUAUUUACCACAUCUGGUUACACACACACACAGACACACAGCGCAUCACAAGAGUCCAUUUUGGAUCCACACCACAGGAGUAUUAUAUCACAGAAGCCUUCUAGUGACCUGACACAUGUAUUCAGUGCAGUGCUCCCUUGCUACAAGGCUCUUCGUGGGAGCAGAGAGUCUUGUGUAAUCUAGUGGCACGUGCAGUGGUGAGUUCACAAAUGACUUCCGUCCUGUUGCACUCCCACUCGAACCAGCAGUUUUAUAUUUUGAGAAUGCCGUAGUCAUUGAUUUUUAAUCUUGCCUAUAUCUUCCUCUUUCUGCUUCUUUGCUGGAGCAUGCAUCCGGUAGCCCCCCUUUUUUGUAGUUCUGCAUCAAGUUUAUCCUCUUUUCAUAUUGCAAAUAAUACAGUUGGACUAAAAUGAACUAAACUUCCUCAGCCAUACUUGGGCAGUUUGGACAGUAUUCAUAGAACUGUCCUACAGGAUCAUUAGGGGACAAGGCAACCAUCUGAAGAAUGUCUGUCUGUCUGUCUGUCCCCAUGUGUAUGUAUAUUAUGCAGAGCACAGCUCUUAAAUGUAACGCCUGGGGGCCAGAUGCUCAUCAGCUGUCAAUGAGUGUAGCUUCCUUGACUUCAGUGGAGCUAAUCCUAUUUAUACCUGCUGAGGAUCUGGCCCUAGGCGUGAAGUACAGUAAGUGCUAUUAAAGUUGUUACUUCAUCAGGUAUUCAGAUGGAUCAGGGAGGGCAGAGCCCGUACUUGCCCCCACGCUAGUCAGGUUUGCAUAAAGGCAUCUGCUGGCAUAUCAGUUAACGAAUUCUGAGCCUGCAGUUGUAAGCUUCUAUCCUAUCCUUCUGCUGUCACUGUGCAUGGCUCCUGCCGUUCAAAUUGUCACCUGUUAAUGCAGGGCCCGCUGCUGAUCAUUGCAAGGAAGGUCAGGCUCUGGCAGUGCCGGUUCUGUGUGAAGUGCCAAACAAUGCCAAUUCGCCCAGCAGUGGUCCACAAGGCAACUGGAAAAGGGGAGGGGGAAGGAGGCUUGAGGCUUUUAAAAGCAACAGGGGAUGGGGAAGAGAAUGAGGAUAACAGAGGAGAGAUUGCUUUAGAAACGUUGGGGGCAAAGAGAAAAAGAACCAGGAGAAUGGCUUAAACGAUUAAGGCUUUUUAAAACAAUUAGGUGAGGAGAGGAGAGAAGCUGAGGUUGAUGGAGAAAGAGAAGACGAGGGGAAGGACAUGUGGGGAGGGAGGGAGAGAAGGUAGGAGAAGGACCUAGCUUCAUUCCCCGAGCUCGCUGCAGACAUUAGCUCAGGGCUGCUCUGCAGUCUCCAGGACUGGGGGGUGGCCUUAAGGAGGUAAAAGAUGCUCUGCGGCAGUUUGAAAUGUGCCUCCCAGCCAUGCGACUUCUCAACUCCACAGACAUUUGCUACGCAAUCUAACCAGGCUUCAGAUGCUUGGAUGCUUUGCUCAAUGAUUUGUCAUGCUAAGCAUUGCUUAGGGAACCACAGAGCCUGUAACUAGGAACACAUUUUAAGUAGCUUCUGAGUGUCCGUAAUUCUUCAAGCUCUGCCUUUGGAAGUAACAGAAGCUAGUUUGGGCCCCUCUCCUGUAAGGAGUUUGGGCCCC